CAUUUGAUUGGUAGGGAGGCGGAUUUCCAGCAUUUCUUACAGUUGUGCAGCCUGCGAGUAGAUGCUUUAAACCCCACUCCCGUAAUACAGGCGCUGCGACGAGAGGCACGCCUCCGGCAGAGGGCUCGCCUGCAGUACGCGUGCAUUGAGUCACAGAGGAGCAAGCACUGAGUUUGCCCCCCAAAAUAAUCAACUGAAGCCACAACAUCAAAGAAACAGAGCCUGGAACCGAGAUGGCGGAAGAGCUCAGUGUGUGAAAGGGACAGAGAGAUACUGAAGCCGGAGCAACUUUUAACUUGAAAGGUUUUAUUCCACAAUACCAAAUAAAGAAUUCAACUUGCUAGGAAGAAAAUAAGUGGAGAAGAUCUUCACUGAUGCUCAAUUUUAAGCAACUUUUUUUUAUUGCAACAAGUGAAUAAUUUCACGUCCCUCUUUGACAACAACGGGGGAGGAGAGGAAAGCAAAGAUGAAGAGUGGCAAGGAAAAAGCUGUCUGUGUGAGAGAGGGGAGUUAAUAAUAGGAAGAACGCACGGUUUAUUGCCAGUCGAGGAAUGGCUUCGAAGGAGAGACUGUACGAGCUGUGGAUGUUGUACUUCACCAAGAAGGAUCCUCACUAUCUUCAGCAAUGGCUUGAAGCUUUUGUCACAUCCUUUGAGCGAAUUAUUGACAUCAGCUCCUUUGAGCCACUUCAGCGAAGGCCUGAAGAGAUGACUGCAGAGAUUCCACUGUUGCCAGGCAAUGUGCUGCAAGUUCUGAGCCAUCAAUUGAGUCAAUGUGUACAGAGAUUAUCGACUGAGGAGGCUGAGGCAGGCCUUGGACAAGCACUCCUCCUGAUAAAGUUCCUCAUUAUAAUCUGCAGAAAUUUUGAAAAUAUUGAAGCAAAAAUCACUCCAACCUUCAUCCUGGAGGUUAUUAACCUGUUGGCUGGCUGCACAUCUGAGCUAAAGAAUGAAACACAAGAGAGACAUUUACCAGCCACCUCAGAGGUUGAACAAUUGACUAUGUAUGCACUGCACUUGUGUGAAUGCCUCUUCGAUCCAUAUCAAAUCUGGAGGCGACAAUUGGGCGGGGAGAUUAUCAGUUCGAUGGAAAGGAGUAAAUACAAGUUUGCGCCAGCUGUUUUACCUCAGGAAUUCAAUCCAUUCUUCCAUGAAAGUUUCCAGAACAGUCAGAGCUUGCCAAAGAUGAUUCAACUGCGGCUGAUAUAUCUUUAUGGAGCCAUUAUCAGUGGGAGUAAGCAAAAUGCACUUGGUGCCAUCACCUCCACCUCAGUUGAGGCUCUCAUGCUGGUUCUCAGAACCUCGUGUGACACCGGAACUCAGGACCCGCAGGACACCAGACCACUGCAUGUUGCCUUAAAGUGCCUCAUUUCAAUGAUCCACAUUCUUCAUGCCAGUAGCCUAGACCAGAGGCAAGUGGAGAUAAAGACAAUUCUGGAAGGUUACUUUAAGUUGUUGAAUGCUGACCGGCCAGUGCCCGUGCUGGAGGAGGGGAUAAAGACCCGGCUAGAGGAUGGGUUCAUCACACUGCGGAUCAACAUGCUCAGUGCUAUCUCUGAAAUGUUGAACUGUAAGGAUCGCCCUGUGCUUCAAGCCAUGUUCCUUAAUAACAACUGCUUUGAGCACAUCAUCAGACUCAUCCAGAAUAGCAAGCUCUAUGUAAGCAGUAGAUCUAAGGAUGACUGCAAGGGUGGGACUGACCUUACCACUCAAUUAUUGACUGAAAUCAAUCUCAGUAAGGUAUUUGAGAAAGAAUCGGAUUCCAUCACAGUGCACGCCAUCAGAGUGCUGACAGCAAUCAUGAAGAAUUCACCCUCUGCCAAGGAGGUGUUUAAGGAGCGGAUUGGUUAUUCCCACCUGUAUGAAGUGUUGAAAAGCCAAGGAGAGCCAACAAGUCGUCUCCUGCAAGAACUCAUGAACAUGGCCAUUGAAAAUGAGAACAUGACCAACCUCACAAUGAUCAACAAUGAGCAACCCUUAUUAAUCUUGGUGCAGUGGAUUCCUGAUCUGAAGUCCCGUGAUCUACAGAUCUUUGUCUCUGAGUGGCUGAAGAAAGUCUGCAAUGCCACGCUGUGGACACGUGCCACCUGUGUAAAAGCUGGAAUGCUUCCCACUGUCCUGACAUCUUUGGGCUGCCACCCACAGCUCGACAGGAAGUGCAGCGAGAACCUUAUUGAUCUUCUCCAGUCACUAGGCAGUCUCUCCAUUCAACCUCCAGAGCUUCGGCAGUUGAUAAAACUUCUUCGGACUGAUGAUGGCAAAACACACCCGUACACCACCCGUGUUAUUCGGGCCUUGUCAGCGAUGGCAAAGAAAGACAGCUCAGAAACUGUGCUGCAGUAUUUUGACCUGACUCCCAGCAUGGCAGGAAUAAUGGUUCCCACCAUCCAUAAGUGGCCAGGUAAUGGCUUUGCAUUUCAUGCAUGGCUCUGUCUGAAUGAGGAACGAGAGGACUUCUACUUAUUACGAAAGAGGCCAAAAAGGAAACAACUGUACAGUUUCUUUACAGCCAGUGGCACUGGAUUCGAGGCCUUCUUCACCACAGAUGGGAUGCUAGUCGUUGCAGUUUGCACAAAAAGAGAAUACAUGACUGUAGCUCUCCAAGACUGCUGCUUUAGUGACUCAACCUGGCACUGCAUUGACAUUGUUCACAUCGCAGGACGCCGACCCUUCGGGCAGAACUUGGUAAACAUCUACGCAGAUGGGUACCUGAGGAAGACUGCACAGUUACGGUUUCCUUCACUUAAUGAGUCGUUCACCUAUUGCUGCAUUGGCUCAGCGGGUCACAGGACGACUACAACGGUUAAUACAUCUCCUUCUCAGUCCCCGGAUCUCUCCUUCACCUCACACCACCCGCUGAAUCGCUCUCAGUCCUUCCCCGCCAGCUUUGCACCUCACACCAGAGACUCCAGCUUGUUGCCAGCCGUCGUCCACACGAUUGCAGCCGGCACACAGGAUACAGAGUGGGGCACACCUACCUCCCUGGAAGGCCAGUUGGGAUCUGUCUUUGUGUUUCACGAGGCGUUGCAGCCGGUGCACAUCAAAGCCCUCUUUACUGGAGGUCCGAACAAUCUGUUGCCCUUCAAGCCUGACAGUGAAAUAUCAGAUCUGAGUAGUAAACUACUCCUUUACUACUCUCCCAAGGCAUGCAGCAAUCAUAUUUGCUUGGACCUCUCUACAAAUCAUUCUUAUGAUGGGAGGUUGACUGGGCACAACACAAUCAACUGGGAUAUUAAGGACGUGAUCAGCUGCAUGGGAGGGAUGGGGACCCUCAUCCUCUUGCUGGAACAAGUGUCAUCCAAGAGUGAAGAUUCAGAGGAGAACCAAGAGACAUCUGACCUUGUGGGACCGGAACUGACGUCCUCACAGAACUUCCAGAGCAUGGUCCUGCCCUUGGGGAAGUCUUCAGAGAGCAAACUGGAGAGAAACAGUGUUGCUGCUUUCUUGCUACUUAUUAAGAACUUUAUUCAAAAUCAUCCUAUAAAUCAGGAAAAUCUCAUCCAGUGCAAUGGCCCAGCUAUCAUGGGCGCCUUGCUGCAAAAGGUUCCAAGUCACAGAGUGGAUAUGAACGUGCUCAUGGCCUGUCAGUUUCUAAUGGAGCAAGCAGCAAGUGAAGGCAAUAACCUUCUACUCCACUAUCUGUACCAGUAUCUGCUCUUCGACUUCCGCAUCUGGAGCCACAGUGACUUUGCUGUUCGAAUAGGGCACAUACAGUACUUAUCCACUAUCACCAAAGAUCACAAGCAGCGUAUCAGAAAGAAGUAUGGGGUGCAAUAUGUACUGGACUCCAUCCGGACUCAUUAUGGCGCACAGAAGGAUAACCAGGCCACAGCCGAUGUUAAAACGGUCCAGCUAUCAAUUUUCAGCCUGCUUAAGGAUUUCAUUUAUAAAGCAAUUUCAGCGGAGGAGCUGCACAGCAUCAUUUCUUACAUGGCAGCGGUGAAUGAUGAAGAUCAGCUCAGUGGUAUUUUGGACGUGUUGCUCAGUCUGUUAAAGGGAGCUCCCUCUCGAGAGCAGCUUUAUACCUUACUGUUUGAGCCUGGCAAUGUGGAGGUGUUUUAUUCACUGAUCCUUCAGAAGAAGUAUUCCGAUGAAGUGCGUGAGAAAAUCUUCAGGCUAAUGUACAGGAUGCUAAAGUAUGAGAAAGUCAAUGAAAGAAGCAAGUUACGGCUGAAGCUAAAGGAUAUUGGGUACCAGGGUUUGACUUCUUUCCUGAAUGACUUUCCUGCCUCAGUGUCACUCAUUCGGUGCCUCUCAGAGCAAGUGCUGUGCUCGGAUCCCAUUCCAAAUUACAAGGACCUAGUUGCUGUGGUUUAUCUGUCUCACAAAGCAGACUUGACUGUGCGACUGGAUGUCUGUCGAAAGUUAUUUCAUCUUAUUUACUCUCAACAAGACAUUGUGCGUCAGUUGGCAAAACAAGCUGGAUGGCAGGACAACUUGACCAAACUCUACAUCAAAGAAUCAUAUGAGUCUCGAGAGGCCAGUCUAUCAAGCUCAUUUUCCAACUACUCCAUAGAUUUACUUAAGAACUCGUAUCAGAACCAAGAACUUAUCCAGGAGCAAGGUAAAGAGAGGAAUAAUCAGAGAAGCAGUCAGUCAGACUUCCAGGAUUGCGAGGUCUUUCUUCCCUUCAACAUGGAUCUCAACGAUGACAUUUCGGAAGGACAUUCUGAUCUUUCUAUGUCACCUGGUUUCCCUUCUGGCAAGAUGAAGGCCUUUGACUCCUUGAACUUCAAGUCAUUUGAUUCCUUGGAGCAUGGUAGCACAAUAGACAAUCCUAUCUCAGCUGAAGUUGCCCUACAAGACAUAGUUGAAGAUGCUUUCUAUCAACCCCUGUCACCUUUCACAGUCCCAUCUUUUGACCUGGGAAUGGACGUGGGGAGUGCCAGUUCCUUUACUACAUUGGAGAGUGGGAAUCUAACUCCCGUCAGCAAAUCAGAAACACCAUCUCCACUGGAGAGUUUCAAACCCUUCCCAGCUGUUCGAACGUGGAAAAGUUCCAGCUUAUCCAAUGUUCUGGAUGACAGCAGUUACCAGGAGAAUCUUCCCAGUGAUGAUGCUUCCAAUACCAGCAACCCUCAGCAAACACCAGAGGAAGAGCUUUGCAACUUGCUGACUAAUAUCAUCUUCUCUGUAACAUGGCGAGGGGUGGAAGGUUGUGAAGAUGCAGCUUGGAAAGAGCGAGGACAGGUCUUUUCGGUCCUGACCAAACUUGGGGCAGCUUGUGAGCUGGUGCAUCCACCAGAUGAAAUCAAAAGAAGCUUGUUGGAGAUGAUGCUGGAGUCUGCAUUCUCUGACAUCAAGGAUUCCACAAAUACUAUGCUGACCAGCCACAUUCACAAUGUUCUGAAGCUGCUCCGGCUGCUUCAAGACUUCCUUUUUUCAGAAGGCCAGAGCAAUCAAGUGCUGUGGAGUGAAAAGAUUUUGGAAGGAACUAUUAACUUACUGGACAAGCUCGCUGUUUGGUACCAUUCAGACAAUGGAACAUCUGAUCUGAAGGAAAUGGCUCAGAUUGGCCUCAGGAUUAUCCUGGGCUACAUUAUACAGGAUGAUAUGCAGGUGUGUGCAAUGGCCUGUGUCAAGCUACACAGCCUCCUUCAGACCAUGCCGAUACGGAAGGAAGAGGCCUGUUUCUUGUUGGGAAAGCUAGAUGAGCCUCUCUCCAGAUCUAUCAAAGACAAGUCAGACAUCUUCUCAUACCUGAUGCCAAUCGCCCGCACUUUGAUGGACCAAUGCUACCAGCUGCUUGAGCUCCAGUAUCAGCUGCCGUCCCUGCCUCCCACCAAUGGCAGUCCGACAUUCUUCGAGGAUUUCCAGCAUUUCUGUGUCACCUCGGAGUGGAAAUCAUUCAUGGAAAGAAAUGUUUUAAAAGCCAUGGCUCAAUAUGAAUCGGACACAUUCGACACAAGUCACAAACAGAUGUCCAGCUUCUGGAACUCCUGUUACGACUCACUAAUGAGCAGUGCUCUGCGUCGGGAGCAUGAGCGUGGGGAGAGUCGUUCCAAGUUCCAGGAGUUGAUACUGGAGCCCUUCUGGAAACGUGUGAGGGGUGAGAAUGCUCGAUACAGCAACACGCUGAAGCAGAUUAACAGCCACCACAGAGCAGUACUUCGCCAGUGGAGCUCACUGAGGCGACUUCUUACCUGCCCCCGUGGAGCCUGGGCAGAACGGAACCCCUCUGAAAUAAAAUGGAAGCUAUCAAGUGCGGAGACUUACUCAAGGAUGAGGCUCAAAUUGGUUCCAAACUACAACUUUGACAAACAUUUGGAUGCUAGUGCCUUGCGAGAUAAUCUUGGUAGUGAUCAGGCAAGAACCCCACCAGAAUCUCUACCACUGGCUGUAGCAAAGGAGGCUAAAGUUAGUGAGCUGGAAGAUGAUCAGCUUGGAGAUGAAGACCUGGUUUUUCUUAACAACCAGGUUGAACCUGACGAACCCAGUCAGAAGGAGAAGUUAGUGAUUUCUGAGGAUUGUGAGCUGAUCACAAUUGUUGCAGUCAUCCCUGGACGUCUAGAGAUCACCACACAGCAUAUUUAUUUCUAUGAUGGCAGCUCAGAGAAAGAAGAGACAGAAGAGGGUAUUGGGUAUGAUUUCAAGCGUCCUCUCUCCCAACUCCGGGAAGUACAUCUGAGGCGCUAUAACUUAAGGAGAUCUGCUCUGGAGUUCUUCUUCAUUGAUCAAUCAAACUACUUUGUCAAUUUCAAGAAAAAGGUCCGAAACAAAGUGUACUCGCGCAUCCUGGCAGCACGACCCCCCAACCUCUUCUACUUCGAUAGCCGCUCUCCACAGGAACUGCUAAAAGCAUCUGGAUUAACUCAGAAAUGGGUUCAGAGAAAGAUAUCCAACUUUGAGUAUUUAAUGCAACUUAACACCAUUGCAGGAAGAACCUAUAAUGAUCUAUCCCAAUAUCCAGUGUUUCCAUGGAUCAUCUGUGACUACACAUCUGAGGAGUUGGAUUUGAACAAUCCAAGUGUCUUCCGAGAUCUCUCUCGCCCAAUUGGUGUGGUGAACGAUAAACAUGCAAAGGACGUAAAGGAGAAGUAUGAAAGCUUUGAAGAUCCUACAGGAAACAUUGACAAAUUCCACUACGGUACACACUAUUCCAAUGCGGCUGGAGUCAUGCACUACAUGAUCCGGAUCGAACCCUUCACUACUUUGCACAUCCAGCUACAAAGCGGCAGGUUUGAUUGUGCAGACCGCCAGUUCCACUCAAUUCCUGCAGCCUGGCAGGUUCGGAUAGACAACCCUGUCGACGUGAAAGAGCUAACUCCAGAAUUCUUUUACUUCCCAGAAUUUCUGGAGAACCAGAAUGGGUUUGAUCUUGGUUGCCUGCAGAUGACCAGUGAAAAUGUGGCUGAUAUCGUCCUGCCCAAGUGGGCAAAAUCUCCUGAAGACUUCAUUUAUAAGCACAGGAAAGCACUGGAGUCAGAGCAUGUCUCUGCAAACCUCCAUGAUUGGAUUGACCUGAUCUUCGGUUACAAGCAGAGGGGACCUGCAGCUGUUGAAGCACUGAAUGUCUUUUAUUACUGUACAUAUGAAGGUGCUGUGGAUCUGGAUGCAAUUGCUGAUGAGACAGAAAGGAAGGCUUUAGAAGGGAUCAUUAGCAACUUUGGACAAACCCCAUGCCAACUCCUGAAGGAGCCACAUCCUCCGCGUCUUACUGCAGAGAAUGCCGACAGACGAUCAGCGCGAUUUGACAGCUAUACACCAAAUGUCUUUGAUCAGCUGGGCCAACUUAAGUCAUUCUUCAUUGAGGGUAUCAGUGAUGAUAUUCCAUUGGUACAGGCUGUGGUGCCAAAAAAUCAAGCACACACUUUUAUCACACAGGGAUCUCCAGAUGUUCUGGUAACAGUGAGUAUGAAUGGUUUGAUAGGAACUCACGGCUGGUUGCCUUAUGACAAAAAUAUCUCAAAUUACUUCACUUUUACCAAGGACCCGAUCAUUUCCAGUGUAAAGACUCAGCGUUUCUUGUCCGGCCCACUUGCUCCUGGUAUCGAUUUAUCACCAAAGAUCCUAGUCGUUUCCCACGAUGGAAAGCUCCUCUUCAGUGGUGGUCACUGGGACAACAGUCUCCGGGUUACAUCCUUGAGCAAGGGCAAAGUCAUAGGACAUAUCAUGAGGCACAUAGAUAUUGUAACUUGUUUAGCACUGGACCUCUGUGGCAUUUAUCUGAUUUCUGGAUCAAGAGACACCACCUGCAUGGUGUGGCAGAUCAUCCAGCAGGGUGGCUUUGCAUGUGGAUUGGCCCAGAAGCCAGUACAAGUGCUUUACGGACAUGAUGAUGCUGUCACCUGUGUGGCCAUAAGCACAGAGCUUGACAUGGCAGUAUCAGGCUCAAAGGAUGGUACAGUCAUUGUGCACACCAUCCGCCGUGGUCAGUUCAUGCGUUCGCUGCGGCCCCCCUGUGAAAGCACACUACCCAUGACCAUCAACAACCUCGUCAUUGGAUAUGAAGGGCAGGUGGUCAUCCAGAGCAGCAGAGAGAGCCGGGCUUCAUCAAAGGAUAAAAUCUUCUUGCACCUUUAUUCUGUGAAUGGCAAGCAUUUAGCGUCUGUGAGCAUGGACGAGCAGGUGUCCGCAAUGAGUAUCGUUGAAGAGUUUGUGGUGUUGGGUACUGAGCAGUGCUCUCUGCAUAUCCGUGAUCUCCAAAGUUUGAAGAGUGCAAUGCAACCAAUGGUCAUGAAGGUUCCCAUCCACAGUGUCUCUGUUACCAAAGAUAACAGCCAUAUUCUCGUUGGUUUGAAUGACGGGAAACUGAUUGUGGUGGCAUCAGGAAGGCCUUCUACGAUGCGUUCAGGUCAGUUCACCAGGCGGUUGUGGGGUUCCACCAAACGGAUGACUCAAGUGACAUUUGGAGAAACAGAGUACAAUAAGACUGACAUAAGCACAAAGUAAAACUCAAAUACGAUGAGCUAAAUCCCACCAAGAGUCUACUUCCUGUUAUAUUCAUCAAAAAACUUUAUUUAUUUAAAAGGAAAUAAAUGAAAACUGAGCAGAGCUGGAAGGCUGGAGAGGUAACAGGUUGUGUGUCUUCGUCAGCAAUGUGAUGAGCUGCUUUCAGCGACCAAAGCACCUAUUUGAAUCUGAGAGAUUUAAAGGGUUCAUUGUUUACAAGAAAAGUGGAAAAGGAUCUGAUGCCUUAAAUAAUUCAAGGAUUUUUAAACCUUUUUCACAUGGAAUUGUCAACCUUUGGCAAUUUCUAUCUGCACAGUGCAAACUACUGUAAUUUGUAGUAUGAUUUGUUCAGAGAGGUUAAUAACUCGAUUUUUUGAGGGAUGGAAAUUUUAUUUUAUAAUUCAUCUGUAUCUUUGACUUUUUUAAUCAUAUUGGGAAAGUUAUAAACACAAUAAGACAUAUCACUCAAAUUUAAAACAUUUGUGCUGAAUUAUCUUUACCUAUUAAGUUGCUCCCUGUAACAAGUUGCCUUUUGUUACAUAACAAUUGUUUUUGCAUUAUUUACUUUUCUACUAUAAAUUUGCCCAUUGUGAACGUCUACUGUUGAUAUUGAAUGUCAUACAAUGUUAGAUUAAGGACUCUUGAAUCCGGGGCUGUUUCAGGCACCCUUUCCUAUUGAUAGAACUGCAGUUUGGAUUGAAAGAUAGUAGUAGAGAGGAAAUUGGUGUGAUGGCAUAGUUGCUCUUGUGUUUGAUUGCAGCAUUUUCUUUUGAUGCCACACUUCUACCAAAGAGACCAAACUGCGGGCUGUGACUUUCUUCGCAUUGGAUUAUUUUAAAUUCCCUCAUUGAAAGGAUGAAUUGCCGAUAUUAUCCUCUGUCAAUUUAUGUUCUACAAAGAAUGAUAACCAGUAUCAAUAUUCAGAGUUAUUCAUUGUAGAUAAUUAUUACUACAACAGUGCCUUUUCCAAUUUGCGACCAGGGUGGCAAUUCAUUUCUUUAAAUUCCAGCAAUUUUCCCUGUGCUUCAAAAUUUUAAUCUAACAUCACACAAUUUCCUCUCAUGUUCUUAAAAUGUUUACAUUGUAUCUUAAGAUACUGAUUGUUUUUUUUUGUCCAACAUGUUUCUUACAAGGCUGUAGAACUCUGAAAGUUUGAACCUUCCAAUCAUACUGCAAUCUAUCAACUUUCAAAUUAAACCUUUCAGUCAUUAGUUUGUGAUAUUUUCCCUUUCUCUAUUCUCAAUCUUACACCUAUGCUGUAGUAUAAAUUUUCACUGAGAAUAAGGUUAAUUUCUUGAACUGAAAAUAAAACAGAUUUAAGUAUUUGGAUCUAGGUCCCUGAUUGGUUUGAAAAUCUAAAUUGAAUUGUUUUGAGUGGUAAAUAAUAUACAGGAAGUCAUUUGAAUCACCUUAGACCAAGUACAAUUAAAUUGGACAUCUACAAUUUAUCUCUACCAACUUGAAUGGUAAAGGAAACAAAGGGAGAUUCCGCUAGAUUUCCAUCUCUUAAUAUAGAGCCAUUUGAGGAUGGGCUUGAGCAAAUGUGCCAGUCCUCGAGUUUAAACAAUCUUUUGGUGCUCACUCAUUCAGCUCAGGUUUUAUGAAUGGGCAUUUGGCUAAAAUUAGUGUCACAAGAUGCUGGAAUUAAAUUACAUGCUCAGGACAGAAAUGGAAGGGUGAAAGGUCCCAGAUAUUGAAAGAUCUGAUUUGAGCUGCCUUAAUGUAUUUUAGUUUUGCACAUUAACUUGGUUAUAAAUGCUACUGAAGUGGAAGUGGAGAAUUGUUCUCCUGCCAUUAAUCUAAAUGAGGUCCUCAUUUCAUUUCUCAUAGUAAGUAGCUACUAUUUAAAUAUCCUCCUCUAGCUUAAUUAUUUUCUCUGGCCCAGUGACUCUAUAUCUGUACCCUACAAUAAGAUUUGGCACACCUUCAAAAUAUUUUCAUUUUCUUCUUUAAUGAACAUGUAAUUUUAAUAGGAAAUGGGUUUAAGUCCACAUGCCUUUUAUUGGGUUUUAUAGUUUCAGCAACAGCAACCAUCCCCCAGCCUUCCCCAAACUAAAAUUUUCAACAUUUACAACAGGGAUUCCCAACUUUUUUUUAAUGUCAAGGACCAAUACCAUUAAGCAAGGGUCCAUGGACACCAAGUUGGGAACCCCCACUCUAGAAGGACAGGGAUUUAUGAAUUUGGGAACAUCAUCAUCUCUAACAUUUUAUCCAAAUUGCAUGCAUUGAUUUGUACAUACAAUAUUGUUUCAUCAUUGCUGCUGGGUUAAAAUAUUGGACACCCCUGUCUAAUAGCAUUAUAAUGAAUAGCUUAACUAUAUGUCCUAGAAGAUUUCCCACCAAUAAUUUUUAAGAAGGACUGAAGACCAAUGGUGGGCCUCAGAACUACCAUCCUCAAUAGCCUGUACAUCACUGAUGGCUGUUAAUCAGACAUUUGCUUUCCUUACCAGAGAAAUGGGAAUACCUCAUCUUUGAAAUCUUUGCUUCGUAGGUAGAGGAGCCAGCACCAAAAAUAAAAGCUCUUGCAUGUGCUGAUGUUCCCCAUAAUGUGUAGAACUCCCUGCAUGCUGCUGGUAGAGUGUUAAUGCCUUUAGACUCGUGGACUUUUAAGACAACAGUUGAGAGAAAGGAUUUGGAAUGGAAGCUAACAGUGAGCCCAGUGACCCAAAUUUAUGCAUACAUUUUGGUUUUAUCAAUUCUCUCAACCAAGACCCCCCAUAUUUUGAGUCUGUUUCCAAAAUUGCUAUUCUAAUUGCUUAUUAACAUCAAUUUAGUAAAAUCUAACCUAAGAAAAAGGGAACAAUUUACCAGCAUUCUUCACCUAAACAUCAUCACUGCUGUAGUGCACAUACCAGGUUAACAUCGACUCCCAAAAAGGGCACUCUAAGCACUAUGGUGGCAAGAGACUGUAGAUUAAGGAAGCAAGUUUUUACCCCUGAAGUAUUCCUUUCAGCUAAGGUUAGGAGUGACUAAAACUGACCUCAUUACUCUAGCAUUAGGAGUUGGGAAAGGUUUAUGGUUACUACUCCUGACCACUGGAUAGGUUAUCAUCGCUAUGAAGUCCCCUUGCAUAAGUAGACACUGGGUUCUGCUGUCAGCACAGGACUAAGUGCCCAAGCUUAUACAAAUAAGCAAUGAGACAGUGGCAAGCCUAAAUCAUAAAGUCAGAUGACUCAAGGCAGUCACGAAACUACACUUCAGCAAGGAAGGAGGAGAAGAAGAAGAAGAUGGAGGUGGGAAUAAGAUUUUGUACUGGUAUUUUUGGUGGGUGGGGGGUCUGGUGGGAGAGUGUGGAAUCUGUCAAUUUGACAGCAAUAAUUAUCAAGGUAUUUAGCUGUAGGACAAUUUUCAGUCCAAGUUACAUCUGAAAUUAGGUGAGAUAAAACAGCAAUAUGGAUUUGAAGUUUCUCUAUUUGUGUUUACUCCACUGCCUGACUGCAAACAAGACUUUUACUGAGUACAUUCCAGAGACAUCAAGUUUUUUGAAUCUCAAUAAAUCUGUGUAGAAGUGAAAUAAUUUCUUUAUUUUAUGUUUUGUGUGUGAGACAGAGAGAGCAAGAGAGAGAAAUAAAUUCUUUUUUACAAAAAGGAGAAAGUGCCUUAAAUUUAUAAAUUGAUGGGCUUCUCUUGACCUGCAUCUGUUCUCUUAUUGCUUGUGACUUGAACUUUUGCUUUGAAAAACACUGAAAAUAUAUAAAAAUGUAUUUUAAAUCUUCCAUU